AUGAGAACCUUCAGGUUGUUUUUCAUUGGGCUCAUCUUCAUCAUGGACAUGUCCCUUUCGUCUUCAGAUGAAUGCCAGCAGGAGACAGUGCGGCUGCGGGCCCAGCUGAAGACUCUGGAGGUGCAGGUGAUGAAGCAGCAGCAACAGCUCAUCCAGACUCUCAGCAGCCAGAGGACUGAGCAGCUGGCUUUAGACCAGGACACCUUCCAUGACCUGGGAGAUCAUCAGUAUAGAGACUGUGCCCAGAUUUUCAACGCUGGGAACAAAGGCAGUGGGUUCUACACGAUCAGACCCAUGGCGAGCCCGAGCCUGGUCAGGGUCUACUGUGACAUGACUGAAGGGGGCGGAUGGACAGUCAUCCAGAGACGCUCAGAUGGCAGCCAGUCUUUCAACAGGCCCUGGAGUGAUUAUCAGCGGGGGUUUGGUGACCUGCAGUCAGCCAGUGGGGAGUUCUGGUUGGGGAAUGACAACUUAUAUUACCUAACUUCACAAGGUGACUACAACCUGAGGAUCAACUUAGCUGACUUUGAAGGAGUACAACGCUAUGCAGUGUACAAAAACUUCAAAGUUGCAGAUGAGAAGGAGUUUUACCAGCUGCAGUUUGGUGAGUUCUCUGGUGACUCUGGUGACUCUCUAUCAGGCAGUUACCACCCAGAGGUCCAGUGGUGGGCCAGUCACCAGGGAAUGAAGUUCAGCACCUACGACAAAGACAACGACCGCUACGAACGCAACUGUGCCCAGGAGGACAAGGGAGGCUGGUGGUUCAACAGAUGUCACUCUGCCAACCUGAAUGGCUACUACUACCAUGGUGCCUACAGUGCUGUGACAGACAAUGGAGUAGUCUGGUACACCUGGCAUGGCUGGUGGUACUCCCUCAAGUCUGUAGUCAUGAAAAUAAGGCCGGCUGCUUUUGAGCCCAAUAUUGUCUGA